UGAAUACAGUGGAACGCAGAUCAACAAUAGAUUAUGUACUGGUACAACGCAUUAGCAUACGGACUCAUUCGUCCGGUCCGUCAAGGGUAAAAUCCGUCCAAGGUUGCAGCUUGACAGUAUGGAAGAGGACAGUCCGGAAGAGUUUCUUGCGGAGUUCAAGGAGAAACAUCUAGGUGCUUGGGGAAUUGUCCAGAUAACUGCUGGCACAGGGCUAGCUGUCUAUGCCAUGUGGGCAGGGGUUCUCAUGCCGGGAUUUCGAAAAGUCCCUCUGAGGUUACAGGUGCCCUAUCUCCCCGCCAGCAAGAAACAAGUGCGGAAUGUGAUGGCACUGCUGAGUGGUCGACAUGGUAACCUUGUGGACUUGGGCUCCGGUGAUGGCAGGAUUGUGCUGGAAGCACACAAACACGGCUUUGGUCCCACAGUAGGAUACGAACUCAACCCCUGGUUAGUUCGUCUAGCUAACUUCCACGCAUGGAGAGCAGGCCAUUAUGGGAAGGUGUCGUAUCGGCAGGAAGACCUCUGGAAGGUGGACCUUACUGAGUGUAAGAAUGUUACUGUGUUUUUGGCCCCCAGCGUGCUCUCUUUAUUGCAGGAGAAGAUGGAGGCUGAGCUUCCAGAUGACGCCCUGGUCGUAGCUGGUAGGUUUCCCUUCACUGAGUGGACUCCAUGCAGGAUUGAAGGAGAUGGUGUCGACAGAGCUUGGGCCUAUACCAUGCAGGCGCAAAGACUGCCAGCAGGGAGUGCUGUGCUACCUGUACCUAAAGAGUUGAAAUCACCAGUUUGAACUGAAAGUGAGAGAACCAAGUAACUGUCUGGACCAGGAAGACAUGAGACAUAAGCAUGAGCGUUUGUAUGAUGGAAGAAACCAUUGGUAGUCUGAGGAGGAGGGACAAAACAUUUUCAUCUACAUGGGUUGACACAAGUUGCUGACUGAGACCCACUCCUCACAGUGUUCAAUUGGUAGUUAGGGACCUUUUCUCAAUUGGAUUUUCUCAAUUCCUUGCCUCCGUCCUCUCCUCGCCUUUUGAAAACAACAGCUGUUUCAAAGGGGGUGUGGUUGAUUUCAAAACUCUUCGUGAUAGGAAUUGAGAAAAGACCAGGGAGUGAGAUGCCGUCUGAGUAGAUGAACCUGUCAACAGAUAAACUACCAAGCACAUGGUACAAUCCAGACAUCUUUAAAAACCAUACCUCUUCAACAUUUUGUUACGUUACAGCCUUAUUCUAAAAUGGAUUAAAUAAAAACAUAUCCUCUUCAAUCUACACACAAUACCCCAUAAAGACAAAGCAAAAACAGGUUUUAAAAAUUUUAGCAAAUUUAUUCAAAAUAAAAACCAGAUACCUUAUAAACAUAAGUGUUCAGUCCCUUUCCUAGGAAACAUGAAAUUGAGCAAAGGUGCAUCUUGUGUCCAUUGAUCAUCCCUGAGAUGUUUACAUCUUGAUUGGAGUCGACCUGUGGUAAAUUCAAUUGAUUGGACAUGAUUUGGAAAGGUACACACCCGUCAAUGAACUCAAAAAAAGAAACAUCCUCUCACGGUCAACUGCAUUUAUUUUUUAGCAAACUUAACAUGUGUAAGUAUAAAUAUUUGUAUGAACAUAACAAUAUUCAACAACUGAGACAAUCUGAACAAGUUCCAAAGACAUGUGACUAACAUAAAUGGAAUAAUGUGACCCUGAACAAAAGGGGGGUCAAAAUCAAAAGUAACAGUCAGUAACAGACUGUACCAGAUUUGCUAUGAGAUGUUACCCCACUCUUCCACUAAGGCACCUGCAAGUUCCCGGACAUUUCUGGGGGGAAUGGCCAAAGCCCUCACUCUCUGUUCCAACAGAGCCCAAACAUGCUCAAUGGGAUUGAGAUCCGGGCUCUUCGCUGGCCAUGGCAGAACACUCCUGUCUUGCAGGAAAUCACACACAGAAUGAGCAGUAUGGCUGGUGGCAUUGUCGUGCUGGAGGGUCAUGUCAGGAUGAGCCUUCAGGAAGGGUACCACAUGAGGGAGGAGGAUGUCUUCCCUGUAACACACAGUGUGAAGUUUUCCUGCAAUGACAACAAGCUCAAUCCGACGAUGCUGUGACACACCGCCCCAGACCAUGACGGACCCUCCACCACCAAAUCGAUCCCGCUCCAGAGUAUAGGCCUCGGUGUAACGCUCAUUCCUUCGACGUUAAACCUGAAUCCGACCAUCACCCCUGGUGAGACAAAACCAUGACUCGUCAGUGAAGAGGGCAGCAGGUAGCCUAGUGGUUAGAUCAUUGGACUAGUAACCGAAAGGUUGCAAGAUCGAAUCCCCAGGCUGACAAGGUAAAAACCUGUCGUUCUGCUCUGAACAAGGCAGUUAACACACUGUUCUUAGGCAGUCAUUGAAAAUAAGAAUUUGUUCUUAACUGACUUGCCUAGUAAAAAAUUUAAAAAUAACACUUUUUGCCAGUCCUGUCUGGUCCAGCGGCAGUGGGUUUGUGCCCAUAUGCGACGUUGUUGCCGGUGAUGUUUGGUGAGGACCUGCCUUACAACAGGCCUUCAAGUCCUCAGUCCAGUCUCGCAGCAUAUUGCGGACAGUCUGAGCACUGAUGGAGGGAUAGUGCGUUCCUGGUGUAACUCGGGCAGUUGUUAUUGCCAUCCUGUACCUGCCCACAGGCGUGAUGUUUGUUUGUACCGAUCCUGUGCAGGUGUUGUUACACGUGGUCUGCAAUUUAUUGCCCUGGCCACAUCUGCAGUCCUCAUGCCUCUUUGCAGCAUGCCUAAGGCACAUUCACGCAGAUGAGCAGGGAACCUGGGUAUCUUUCUUUUGGUGUGUUUCAGAUCAGGAGAAAGGCUUCUUUAGUGUCCUAAGUUUUUGUAACUGUGACCUUAAUUGCCUACCGUCUGUAAGCUGUUAAUGUCUUAAUGACCGUUCCACAGGUGCAUGUUCAUUAAUUGAUUAUGGUUCAUUGAACAAGCAUGGGAAACAGUGAUUAAACAUUUUACAAUGAAGAUCUGUGAGGUUAUUUGGAUUUUUACUAAUUAUCUUUGAAAGACAGGGUCCUGAUAAAGGGACAUUUCUUUUUUUGCUGAGUUUAUAAGGUCCCACAGUUGACAGUGCAUGUUAAAGAAAAAAAACAAGCCAUGAGGUCAAAGGAAUUAUCCGUAGUGCUCUGAGACAGGAUUGUGUCGAGGUACAGAUCUGGGGAAGGGUAGCAAAACAUUUAUACAGCAUUGAAGGUCCCAAAGAACACAGUGGCCGCCAUCAUUCUUAAAUAGAAUAAGUUUGGAACCCCCAAGACUUCCUAGAACUGAGCCAUCAGGGGGGAAGGGCCUUGGUCAGGGAGGUGACCAAGAACCCAAUGGUCACUCUGACAGAACUCCAGAGUUCGUCUGUGGAGAUGGGAGAACCUUCCAGAAGGACAACCCCUGCAGCACUCCACCAAUCAGGCCUUUAUGGUAGAGUGGUCAGAUAGGAGCCACUCCUCAUUAAAAGGCACAUGACAGCCUGCUUGGAGUUUACUAAAAGGCAUCUAAAGACUCUCAGACCAUGAGAAACAAGAUUGUCUGGUCUGAUGAAACCAAGAUUUAACUCUUUGACCUGAAUGCCAAGCAUCACAUCUGGAGGAAACCUGGCACCAUCCCUACGGUGAAGCAUGGUGAUGGCAGUAUCAUGCUGUGGGGAUGUUUUUCAGCGACUGUGAGACUAGUCUGGACCAAGGGGAAAGAUGAACGGAGCAAAGUACAGAAAUCCUUGAUGAAAAUCUGCUCCAGAGCGCUCAGGACCUCAGACUGGGGCGAAGGUUCACCUUCCAAAAGGACAACGACCAGCCAAGACAACGCAGGAUUCGCUUUGGGACAAGUCUCUGAAUGUCCAUGAGUGUCCCAUCUGGAGCCCGGACUUGAACCCGAUCGAACAUUUCUGGGGAGACCUGAAAAUAGCUGUGCAGCGAUGCUUCUUUCUCUGAAGAGAAGAAUGGGAUAAACUCUCCAAAUACAGGUGUGCCAAGCUUGUAGCGUCAUACCCAAGACGACUCAAGGCUGUAAUCUCUGCCAAAGGUGCUUCAACAAAGUACAUUUACAUUACAUUUAAGUCAUUUAGCAGACGCUCUUAUCCAGAGCGACUUACAAAUUGGUGCAUUCACCUUAUGACAUCCAGUGGAACAGCCACUUUACAAUAGUGCAUCUGAAGACUUAUGUAAAUGUCAUAUUUCAGUUUUUAUUUUUAUUUUUAAUACAUUUACAAAUAUUCUAAACCAGUUUUUGCUUUGUAGGGUAUUGUGUGUAGAUUGAGGAGAAAAAAUACAUUUUAUAAUAAGGCUGUAAUGUAACAAAACAUGUAAAAAGUCUAGGGUUCUGAAUACUUUCCGAAUGCACUGUAUAUCAUGGUCAUAAAGGCGUAUGAAGUAACAAGUUAUGGAGCAAACACAUAGGUUGUAAUAUGUAUGCACACAGCCGCUAUCACAAACGCUCUACACACAUGUACAUUGUAAUAUUGUUGUAUGGUGGUAUUAUACAUAUGUACUGGUGUACUAAUGUUAUGAUGGACUGUUUUAUAUUUUGUUUCAUGUGUAUUGAAAUUUCCUUAAUGUGUUUGGACCUCAGAAAGAGUAGCUGCUGCCUUGGCAAUAGCUAAUGGGGAUCGCUAAUAAAUACAAAUACUAAUGUG